UCCUCCUUCCUGCUGCCGGCGCGGGGGCGGCGGCGCUGUGGCGGCGGGGCCGGGGCAUCGCGGGCCCGGGCGCCUCCUCCCCGCUCCGCUCCGCUCCUUCCCAUGGCCGGGAACUUCUGGCAGAGCUCUCACUACUUACAAUGGAUUUUGGAUAAACAAGAUCUAUUGAAAGAACGCCAGAAAGACUUGAAAUUUCUGACUGAAGAAGAAUAUUGGAAGCUACAGAUAUUUUUUACUAAUGUUAUCCAGGCUUUAGGUGAACAUCUUAAAUUAAGACAACAAGUUAUUGCCACUGCUACAGUCUACUUCAAGAGAUUCUAUGCCAGAUAUUCCCUAAAAAGUAUAGAUCCAGUAUUAAUGGCUCCUACGUGUGUGUUUUUGGCAUCCAAAGUAGAGGAAUUUGGUGUUGUUUCAAAUACAAGAUUGAUUUCUGCUGCUACUUCUGUAUUGAAAACUAGAUUUUCAUAUGCCUUUCCAAAGGAGUUUCCUUAUAGGAUGAACCAUAUACUAGAAUGUGAAUUCUAUCUCUUAGAAUUAAUGGACUGCUGUUUGAUAGUAUAUCAUCCUUAUAGACCUUUGCUCCAAUAUGUGCAAGAUAUGGGCCAAGAAGACAUGCUGCUACCUCUUGCAUGGAGGAUAGUGAAUGACACAUACAGAACUGAUCUUUGUCUGCUGUACCCUCCUUUCAUGAUAGCUCUAGCUUGCCUACAUGUGGCCUGUGUUGUCCAGCAGAAGGAUGCAAGGCAAUGGUUUGCUGAGCUGUCUGUUGAUAUGGAAAAGAUUUUAGAAAUAAUCAGGGUUAUUCUGAAGCUGUAUGAGCAGUGGAAGAACUUUGAUGAGAGAAAAGAGAUGGCUACUAUUCUUAGUAAAAUGCCUAAACCAAAACCACCUCCAAACAGUGAAGGAGAACAGGGUCCAAAUGGUAGCCAGAACUCUAGUUAUAGCCAAUCUUAAGGCAUUCCAAAGAAUUUCUUUAUGGACCACUUUGACUCAAGACAUCCUGGGAUAUUUCCUGUGUUCAUGAAAUGGACAGAAGGUUUUAGUAACAUCUUUGACAAAGAACUCGAAGAAUAAAUAGCUUGUUUGUGUCAAGCAUUUUGAAAGCUUUUUCUCUAAAACUACAUCGUUUUCUCUGACGCUGGAACAAAUGUGCUAAGAUUUUUUCAGUGUAAGGAAUCAAACUUUAAACCAAGCUGCAAAAGAUUAAUGUUUUUCACUCAAAACAAAUAGUUUAUUAUUGGUUUUGUGUUGAAGUGAACUGUUUUAGAGCGACAGUAACCUGAGGCCUAAGUGUAACUGUAUUAAUGACUUGUGUUGUCUUCAUUUUGCUUGUGACUGAAGGAAGAUCGUGCACUCUGUGUUGAAUCUAUCCAUUACCUUCAGUUUUGUUGAUUAAAAAAAAAAAUAAAUACAGAUUCCGCAACAAGU